CUGUGGGCCCUGCCGGCGAGGGGCGGAGCCUGCGCGUGGCGCGCGCGUGUGUGCGCGCGCGUCCCCCGUUGCCUUGGCACCGAGGCCCCGGGCCCUCGCCUAGGCCUCCGUGGCCCCCCACGCCGGGACAUGGAUCCAGCCUUCUUGGCCUGGAGCCGCCUCAGGCGGAGGAGGCAUCGCGACUGCGCCGAGAUCUGCGGUCAGUUGCUCCGCAAGAAUCCCCUGGACCAGGUGGCGUGGACCCUGAAGAUGCGGGCCCUCACGGAGCAGCUCUACGUGGACGAGGUGGACGUGGACGAGGAGGGCUUCGCCGAGAUGCUCCUGGACGACAACGCCAUCGCCACGGUCUCGCGUCCUGGGACAUCACUCCGUGCUCCAGCGACCAGCCAGGGGUCCGGCGCCAUGGGCCCAAGCCAGGCCGUCAGGCCCAUGACGGCCACGGGACGGCCCCUAACUGGGUUCAUGCGGCCUGGGACGCAGUCUGGCCGCCCGGGGACCAUGGAGCAGGCCAUCCGCACACCCCGUACGGCCCGCACGGCGCGGCCCGUCACCAGCGCCUCAGGCCGGCAUGUCCGCCUCGGCACGGCCUCCAUGCUGUCGAGCCCAGAUGGACCCUUCAUCCACCUGUCCCGGCUCAACUUUGCAAAAUACGCGCAGCAGCCAUCCGUGGCCAAGCCGUUAUUUGAAUACAUCCUUCACCAUGAAAAUGAUGUAAAGAACGCUCUGGAGCUGGCUUCGCUGGCCACUGAGCACGCGCGCUUCCAAGACUGGUGGUGGAAGGUGCAGCUUGGGAAAUGCUACUACAGGCUGGGGCUGUACCGAGAGGCAGAGAAGCAAUUCAAGUCGGCCAUGAAGCAGCACGACUGUGUCGACACGUUCCUCUUCCUGAGCAAGGUGUGUGUGCGGCUGGAUCAGCCCCUCGCGGCGCUGGAGGUGUUCCGCCAGGGCCUGGAGCGUUUCCCUGGGGAAGUGACUCUGCUCACCAGUAUCGCACGCAUUCAUGAGGGCAUGAACAACCUGUCGCUCGCCACGGAGAGCUACAAGGAAGUGCUCAAGCAGGACAACACACACGUGGAGGCCAUCGCCUGCAUGGGCAGCAGCCACUUCUACUCGGACCAGCCCGAGAUCGCGCUGCGCUUCUACCGGCGCCUGCUGCAGAUGGGCGUGUACAACAUGCAGCUGUUCAACAACCUGGGGCUGUGCUGCUUCUACGCCCAGCAGUACGACAUGGCGCUGGGCAGCUUCGAGCGAGCGCUGGCUCUGGCGCAGGACCCCGAGGAGGGGGCCGAGGUGUGGUACAACCUGGGCCACGUCGCCGUGGGGAUAGGGGAUGUGACGCUGGCUUACCAGUGCUUCAAGCUGGCCUUGGCGAAUAACAACGACCACGCAGAGGCCUACAACAACCUGGGGGUGUUGGAGCACCGCAGGGGACAUCUGGACCAGGCUAAGGCGCUGUUCCAGACGGCCUCGUCGCUGGCGCCACACAUGUACGAGCCGCACUUCAACUACGCCAGCCUCUCGAACCAGCUGGGCGACCUGCAGAGCAGCUACCUGUCGGCCCAGCGGGCGCUCAGCGCGUUCCCGCAGCAUGUGGACUCGCACCAGCUCAUCCAGCAGCUGAAGCAGCACUUCGCCAUGCUGUGAGAGCGCCACCCCCCCCGCCCCACUCGCCGCGGCCACGGCAGCGAUGGGAGUGGCGGCAGCAGCGGCGGCGGCGGCGGCGGCGGCGUGUGGAGCCGCCCCGGAGCUUCCGCGCGAGCGUCCACGUAGAACUGUCGUGUGUCUCGUUGUAACGCGAGCGUCGCGGUAGUGACGGCGAUCGUACUUUAGAGCGGCGUUCUCGCCGUCGCGCUUGUAACGCGCGUAGAGCUCGCGCGGAGGCACGUGGGAAACCACGGGCAAGCCUGAGAAGGCAGCUCUGUGGUCCUUUAUUGGUAUACUUGAGCAACUCCGUGAUGACCGAGUUGGUGGGUUCGUUGGAGGCGUUGUGAGUGAAUGUUGAGGUCCUGCGCAGAGGUGCGCAGUGACCUGGAGGGUCCAUUAGGUGGCAGCAGCAGCCCAGUUUUGUCCCGAAGCUGACCUUUGGCCCCGGGGCCUCUGCACCUGUUGAACCAGGUGAGAACUCGAGACCAGGACGAGCCUCAUUUGCAGGCGUCACCUGGGUCACUAAAAUGACAUGCAAUUGCUUAACAAGUAUAACAAUGAAGCAAAUAGAAAUCAGAGCAAAAACAACUGCAUUGCAGAAUUGAAAACGGUGCAGAAACAUGGAUCAGUGGUAAAUACGUUUCCCGUCACGCAACUUUGCUCUGACAAAUGACUUUUUUGAAAAUCAUUUAAUUGUACAAUUAACCAGCAAAACAGAUGGACAUGGGUUUAGGGCAAUUACCGCACGCGUGCGGACAGACGCGUGCAGGGACUCGUGUUCAUGUUGAGUCACGUGGGAGCCACAGGCUCGCGAUCAGCUGCAGCUUGCUUCCCGAGUGCACGUUGCCCAGGGACUGGGUCGCUCACCAUCGUGGGUGACUUGCUGCUCACCCGGUGAGGGUGCGAGCUAUGAAUCGACUCGUGAUGGAUCCUCAAGCUUCGCGAUAUGUGCACGGUACUGCGUGUGUAAGCAAAUAGUUUUCAAGGAUGCUAAUUACAUGCAAGUGAUCUGCUGGUGCUGCGGUGUGGCACGGGACCAAAACGGUGCCACAACUGAGCCACAAACACGAGACGGCAACAACAACAAUCGCUGAUUUCAUUCUGGCCUGGACGGUCACGAAGCCGCUGGUGGCGCGGGGUGACUCAUCAGCACAACCAAUUAGCCCUGCAUCAAUUAAGCGUGAAUUGCAUAUGUUCACGCCGUCCCAUGGUCUGCUUGUCACGGCAUGGCGUUCGGGGGCCUGGAGGAGCUGAUGGUGAUGAUGAGUGUGGGAGCCUCGUAAUUACCAGGUGCUGGGCCCCAGCUGUGACCUCCGGUGGUUUCUGCUGCUGCUGCACAGGCGUUGAAUCCCAGCACGGAGCAGUGGGGUCGUGUUUACAGCAGUUGGCGGUGCACGCUGUAACCCGCACCUCUGAUUAGCACCGUUGGCUACGUACGGUGCGAAAGGAGUUUAACUCACAUAUAUGGCGAAUAAGUAAAUGUUCACCCCUCUCUCAAUCCACUGCUGGAUGAAGGGCUUCCCAUGCCAUGUCAGUAGUGGGACUUGUUUGACCAUACUUCACCACUCUGGUCAGUGCGGCUUGGCGAAACUGGAGGCCCAGCAACUGGUGCAGAUAUCGCGAACGAUUUUAGCCGUGGUCGGGAAUCGAAUUCGGGUCCGCAGCGUUCAUAGCGCAGUGCUUGGCACUGCGCUUUCCCAUGUGACCAGCAGCGUUGGGGAACCUCCAUGCAGCAGUGGAUGGCCAAGGUCAUUGGAGGUCAGUGGUGUAGGAUGCACAUGAUGUGAUCGGUACCGUUUCAAAUAAACCUUCUGAGAUUCGAUCAUCGAUCGACACGCAA